AUGAGUGACCAUGAGCAAGGCUCCCUGGUCCAGAGAAAGGUACAAUUGGNUAUUCAUUUUUAUUUUAUUGACAUAGCGCUGGAGAGGAUAUACCAUAAUUACGGGCAUAUACGUUUCAUAUUGGCACUUUCUCCCUUCACGUUUUUUUCCCCCGCAGAGAGAUUGGAGUCUGUUCUUUCAGACUAUGAUAUUCUUUCAGUAUCCAACAUCCAGCAACAUUCAGUAAGACGAAGAGAUCUCCAACCUCAAUCCCAUAUAGAGAAGCUUGUUAGUUUUUCAGCGUUACAUAGGUAUGAUUUUUUUUCCCCUAAUUGUCAGAGUAAUUCCAAAGUGAUCGCUCACAUAGGUGAAGAUGAUUUCACAGUGAGGAUCAAUACAGAUGAUGAAGAGGAAUAUAAUGUUGAGCCCUUAUGGAGAUUUCUCAACAACACAGAAGAUGGAAGGCUUUUGAUAUAUAAAUCUGAAGAUAUUAAGGAUAUCUCACGAUUGCAGUCCCCCAAAACAUGUGGUUAUGUCAAACUAGAAGAAGAGAGCCUUUGGGGAGGAGGGCUCAAGGAUAAUCAUGUAACUAAAG